AUGUUCGCUGAACAGAAAUGUAAUUUUCCGGGAUCGCCAGCUCACAGUACCGUCACAUUCUCAGAUGAUUCCCUGACAAAUGGCGCAAUUGCUUCAUACUCAUGCGAGCGAGGCUUUGAAUUACUUGGACCAGCUCGUAGAGUUUGUGACAAUGGCAGUUGGACACCAGAAGGCAUUCCAUUUUGUGCCGUCGACAACGGCAUUGAUCUUCAACUUUUGUUCACAAACCAAUUUUCCAUCGGAUUUUAA